AUGCCCGAGACGAGUGCCAUGAAGCUGGACCUGCCGACCAAGGACUUGCGGGGUCUGGCGUAUCCGCUGUUGAUGCCGCCGAGGUACAAGCGGAAAGCCCUGAGCGACACCGACCCCUUCCACGACUCCCUGAAGCGGAUCACCACCGAUUUCAUCCAUCUGCGCAACUUGGCCCGGGUGUCGAGGCCAUGGCGCACGGACGCCGACGACACUCAAACGUCGAGCGAAGCCAAUAAGACGAUGACGUGUGACGACGCCGCCACCGCCGCCGUCCGCCAGACGAAGCCUACGCGUCUCUCGGGGCUCAGCGCGGUACCAAAACUCAGCAGCCACACGCGUCCGUUGGCCGCCAGUUUACCGCAAAAAGUGGCCCUCCGAAGCAUUACGGCGCCUAUGCUGGCCCCCCUGCCCCAGGAACUGCCGGAACCAGAAGUUAUAAACCCCCAGAUCACCUCCCCCACCUCGGAGCGCGAAGGCCCCGACGAUAAACACGCGAUGGCGGUCGACGUGCCCAAGCUCACGGCGCCGACACCGUUGCCGCCAGUGGCAACUACGCAUAGCGUCAGCGUCACCGCUACCGCUACCUUCCGCACGCUUCCCGCCGCUACCGAAUCAGUGGUGAUGGUGCCUGAAUCUAAAGCUGACCCGGGGCCCCUGAGCGUACCGCAAAUGGCAUCGGGUGUAGCCCCUCUGGAGCUGAAACUGAAGCUGCCUCAGCCUGAACCGUCGCAUACCACCGUCACCAAACGGGUGGCGUUGACGCGACGAGAAGUGGACGACGACGACUACGAGCUGAUCCCAUUGGAAGUGCUUGAAGAUAUGCUGCGGCUUGAGGAAACGUUCCCCGUACUCUCGACAUCGUACCGGUUGCUUGACAAAAUCGGCGAGGGGACAUUCUCCACCGUAUACAAAGCCGAAGCGAUUGGCGCCAGUUAUGGGUGGGGUAACGACGUGUGGAAGACGCCCGUGGGCCGCCACCGGCUCGUGCCGGGACGCAACACCCGCAAAAACCCCAUUGUCGCCCUUAAACAGAUCUACGUGACGCUGUCGCCGGUGCGGAUCCAUAAUGAGCUCAACUUACUCUACAUUCUCCUGGGGAACAAGCACGUGGCACCGUUGCUUGACAUUUUACGCCACCAGGACCAAGUGGUGGUGAUCUUACCGUACUACGCUCACGCCGACUUCCGUGACUUUUAUCGUGAUUUGCCCAUUAAGGGCAUCAAAAAGUAUCUUUGGGAGAUGUUUUCGGCGCUUGAGUUUGUCCAUCUGAAGAACGUCAUCCACCGCGACUUGAAGCCGACCAACUUCUUGUACGACCCGUUUAAAGGGCGUGGGGUGCUUGUUGACUUUGGCCUCGCCGAGAAGUACGUGGCGGUGAAGCUGCUGUGUGUGUGUGCCCAGGGCACGGGGACAGGGGCGCUGUUGGCCCGCCGCCACAAACAGGUGAAGGCGGCGUACCCUAAACAGGACCAACGGCCGCCAAGACGGGCCAACCGAGCGGGUACUCGGGGGUUCCGCGCCCCGGAGGUGUUGUUUAAGUGUCUGAACCAGACGACAAAGAUCGACAUCUGGCUGGCGGGGAUCAUUGGCAUGCUGUUGCUCGCCCGCAAGUUCCCCUUAUUUAAUUCGCCCGACGACACCGACGCCCUCGUCGAGAUGGCGUUGAUCUUUGGCACCGACCGGCUCCAGCGCGGAGCCGAGCUCCACGGGUGCGGCUUCCAGAUGUCAUUGGCGAAAACCAACGCCCUGGCGGGCAACCUACCGAAUAUUUUGCAUGAUUUUUUGCAGCACGAGGUCGACGAAGGGUGCUUCCCGGCCGAUAGUGUUGUCUACGAUACCCUCCGCCUCUUCAACGAGCGGGGCGACAAGCUUGUGCGGCCGGCCGACGACGCCGACGCCGACAACUACGAGGACCACAAGCACUUGCUCCAGUUGUUGGGCCACUGUUUCCACAUGGACCCGGCGAAGCGGGCCACAGCCAAGGAGUUGAAGCGGUUGCCGUUUUUCGACGAGUUGACCAAGGUCGACGAUGAUAUAAUCUACGAGUAG